GAAAUGGAAACGCUGCCUGCUGACUACCUGUUUGCUGUUACUCACAAGGAAGAUGGGUUCUCGGCAAGAUGUGCUCACAGACACCACAAAGCUGGCAUCGUACACUAUGCUUCUGCAGGUUCUCUUUCGUCUCCUUACUUUUGCUUUGAAUGCGUUUACUCUGCGGUAUGUUUCCAAGGAAAUAAUUGGCAUUGUAAAUGUACGGCUGACCCUUUUUUAUACCACAGUAGUGUUCCUUGCCCGAGAAGCCUUUCGUAGAGCCUGUCUGAGCCACUCCACACAGCAGAGCUGGACACAUACCAUACACCUCACAUGGCUUGCUGUUCCAUUAGGACUCGGCUGGUCGUUCAUUCUUGGAUGGAUAUGGCUGAGAGUCUUGGAUGCCCCAGACCCUGAAAUCAUCCCACAUUAUGGCACGGGUGUUUUGGCAUUUGGAAUUUCAGCUGUGGUGGAACUUAUAGCAGAACCAUUCUGGGUACUUGCACAAGCUUAUCUUUUCAUAAGGUUAAAGGUUGUUGCUGAGAGUCUUGCAGUUAUUCUCCGUUGCUCAGUCACUGUAAUUCUGGUGCUUCUCUGUCCUCAGUGGGGACUUCUGAUAUUUUCGUUCACUCAG